AGUGUGUGUGUGUGUGUGUGAGGAACAGAGUAGUGUGUGAACUGAGGGAUGCAGACAUGGCUCUGUGAGAGGGAGCAGCACAGCAACGGUAACCAUGCUGAGCCCCAAGAUAAAACAGGCACGCCGGGCCCGGUCCAAGAGCAUGGUGCUGGGAGAGCUGUCUCGGGUUUCCAGGCCGUGCUCUCCUCUGGACCAAGAGAGGGCACUGAAGGCCGGCUGGCUAAAGAGACAGCGGAGCAUCAUGAAGAACUGGCAGCUGCGCUGGUUUGUCCUGCGCACCGAGGCUCUGUAUUUCUACAAGGACCAGGAUGAAACAAAGGCACAGGGUUGUAUUCCUCUCCAGGGCAGUCAGGUCAAUGAGCUGCCUGCCAAUCAGGACGAGCCUGGUCGCCACCUUUUUGAAAUAGUUCCAGGGGGAAGUGGAGAAAAGGAUCGAACAGGUAUCAGCCAUGAGUCUUUCCUGCUAAUGGCCAGCUCCCAGAGUGACAUGGAGGAGUGGGUCAGAGCCAUACGCAGAGCUAUAUGGGCCCCACUCGGAGGGGGUGUCUUUGGGCAGCACCUGGAGGAGACCAUGCUGUGUGAAAACCAAUGUGGCCCCCAGCGACCGGUCCCUGUGCUGGUGGAACAGUGUGUGUGUUUCAUUCGUCAGCGGGGGCUUGAGGAAGAGGGGCUAUUCAGGGCCCCGGGGCAGACCAAUCACGUUCGAGAGCUGCAGGAUGCAUUUGAUCGUGGUGAGAAGCCGGUGUUGGACAGUACCACAGAUGUCCACACAGUGGCAUCACUGCUAAAGCUUUACAUACGGGAGCUGCCCGAGCCUGUAAUUCCUUUCUCCAAAUAUACACAGUUCCUCUCUUGUGCUCAGCUACUGUUAAAGGACAAGGAAAUGGGUAUCGUAGAGCUUGGCAAGCAGGUGAAAGCCCUUCCUCAGGUCAACUACAACCUCCUUAAAUACAUCUGCAAGUUUCUGGAUGAAGUGCAGUCCCACUCCAAUGAGAAUAAGAUGAGUGUUCAGAACCUAGCAACUGUGUUCGGACCUAAUAUCCUUCGGCCCAGAGUGGAGGAUCCAGUCACCAUGAUGGAGGGAAGCUCUCAUGUACAACACUUAAUGACCGUGCUGAUCAGUGAACACGCCCGCCUCUACCAGCGGGAGGAGCCUGAAACAGAGACCAAGACUGCCACACAGCUACCGCAGAGCCCUGGCCAACGCUGCAAGGUAGAAUGGGUCUCACAAGAAGAUGCUGCUCCCCAACAAUGUCUCUCCUCAGGAUCCUGCUCCAAACCUCCUGAAGAGGACCUGCAAUCAAACACACCCCUUACAGAGAGUAAGCAGUUUGAACCAAGUCCCCAUAGUGCACCAGAGAAGGGUGAGGAUAGCCAGACUGAAGGGAGGGGUAAGGCAAAGACAGAGGGGAAGGUGGAUGGAAAAAUGGAAGGGAAAAGUGAGGGGAAAGCUGGAAGUGGAGCAGCACUUAGUCCCAGUAAACAAUCCAAAGCCCUACCCUCCUGGAGGUGCUCCUUCAAGGGUGGAGCAGGGUCUGGGGGGACAAGGGGAAAAAUGGGGGGGUCGGCAGGGGAUGUGUCCACAGCUGGUGGGAGCAAUUGGCUGAUGAACGGCCUGUCAUCUCUGCGAGCUCACCGGCGCACCACCUCUUCUGGAGAAAGACUGAAAGACUCUACUCUGUCUCUUAAAGAGUCAACCCUCUCUCUUAAGGAGACUUCUCUUACACUCAAGGACUCCCACAGAGAUUCUACUGAAGACCCCUCUCACUCUUCAACAAAUGCAUUACUUUCUCACAGAGCCCUCCUCCAAUCCCACAGACUGUCUGCCUAUGACAACGUUACAGUUGCCCCCUCAAGCCUGAGCUUACCCGCUGAUGCCUCCAUCUGGACCUCCUUUGAGAUUUCAUUGGCUGACCCAGAAGGAAAUGAUCAAGAGAUGGUGUCAGAGCAGGGUCAAGACAAACCCACAGAGGCAACAGACAGUAUCAAUGCUCUGGAUCACAGUGCGAACAGCGCUGGCACCGGCAGCGAGACUGAACCUGGGGAUGAUACCAACCUGGUGACUGAGCUCAAGCAGGAGCUGAAGAUACAGAGGAUGAGCUAUGAAACCUGUAUCUGCAAGUUGGAGGAGUCCUGUUCUAAGUAUCAGUCUCGAGUAAGCCGCCUUGAGGAGGAACUGGACCAGGAGAAGAAAAAGUUCCAGAUGCUGGAGAUCCGACUAAGGAACUCAGAAAGGGCUCAUCAAGACGCAGAGAACCGGAAUGUUCUCCUCCAGAAGGAAAUGGAGGAGUUCUUCAAAACCCUGGGAGAUCUAACCACAGGGACAGCACGGACCGACUAGACCAGACCGACCUGCCUUCAUCUGGUCCAUCAGAGGAGACUGGGGAAUUCGAUUACUGGAAGGAGGACCAGCCAGCCCCAAAGCUUUGAAGACCAAAUACCUCUAGUGCAGUACUACUUGCUUCUGUGUCCUCUCUGGCAUGGCCACCUAGUGCCUAUACUGACCAGUGCCGGUGCCAAACUAGAUCUCCUCUGGACCAAGCAGCUCUCAUUGUCACACCUUUAACCAUUCCAUAAAAUCUCUUACUAUUAACAUCAUAAACCAUGUGGCAGAUUUUGUUUUGACUGUUUCCUUAUGUAAGAGACCAGGAAAAGCCUUAUUUAUGCUAAAUAUGAGGUAUGUUCACCCCAUACUUUACUCUAGUUCAAAUCACUGUUCAUUUUCCCAUUUGAAGUCACAUGCUUGCAAGAAAUGUCAACUUGAGAAUAAAAAG